AUGGCAUCAGCAGCAAAGACCCUGGUAGAAAAGCUUGUCAAGGAGAACGCCGUCGUCGUCUUCAGCAAGAGCUACUGCCCAUUUUGCACGAAAGCGAAGAACCUCCUCGUUAACAAAUACGCCGUCUUCAGAGCUAUUGAGCUCGAUCUCCGGGACGACGGAGCUGCUAUUCAGGAUUACUUGAAGGAGAAGACGAACCAGUCCACCGUGCCGAACGUCUUCAUUGGCGGGAAGCAGGUUGGAGGCUCGAGCGAUUUGGACAAACUAGAACAGUCAGGCAGCCUUUCGAAGCUCUUGCGGCAGGCAGGGAGUGCGUUCCGGCCCAAACUAUAAGAGUAGAAGCUGCACUACUGAUCCUGAGGUACGACACUGUAAGAGAAGGACAUGCGAUGAGAAAGGAUACAGCCG